GCUCGCAUUUAAUUGAAUAUUGGGCCUUUUCUAUAUUACGGUAUCUGAGUAUCUGAGGCUUUCGAAUUGAUUGCGAAUCAUUCUGCUCGGCUCAGCGGCAUUGAACGGUCUCUUGGAAAUUAGUGUCAAAGUCUGUGUAAAAACUUAAACAAAGCAAGGGAAACAUCAUGGACCGCUGGAUCGGCAAGACAGCUGUGGUGACUGGUGCGAGCUCAGGCAUUGGAUCAGGCAUCGCUGUGGGCUUUGCGAACGCCGGCAUCAAUGUCAUCGGCCUUGCAAGGAGAACUGAAGCUAUUGAAGCCUUGAAAAGCCAAGUGACUGGUACGGGCUGCAUAACAGGUCGUCGCUGCGACGUGUCGAGUGCUGAAGAAGUGGCUGCCACGUUCAAAUGGAUUGGUGAGAACUUCGGCUGCGUCCAUAUACUGGUCAAUAACGCCGGUAUCUUCGUUACUGGUGGGAUUACAGAUGCGGGCAACGACAUGAUAAGCGAGAAGGACAUCAUAGCGAUCCUCGACACAAACUUGAAAGGCCCCAUAUUGUGCGCCAGGCAUGCCAUCGCGUCGAUGAUAUGCAAUAAAUUCGACGGACAUGUGAUCAACAUUAACAGUAUUGCCGGCCAUUACGUGCCGAUGUCGUCGAAGUUCAACGUGUACACGAGCUCCAAGUAUGGAAUCACUGGCUUCACUGCCGGCCUGCUGAACGAGCUGGCUGACCAUAAGAAUAAAAUCAAAGUUACCAGCGUAUCCCCCGGCUUGGUGAACACGAGCCUGAACGUGGUGGCUGAGAACGCGUCGGACGCGAUGCCCGCGCUGCGCCCCAAGGACAUCGCUGAUGCGUGUCUCUACAUACUCUCUACGCCACCCACCGUCAAUAUAAACGAGCUCACAAUAACGCCAGUCACUGAAAGGAGGUUGUGAAUAAAUAGGUUAUUGACUAUAACAUAUGGCACUGCGCUAGAACAUUUAGGCUUAAGACUAGUAAGACGAGUUGGCGAAGGCUGAUGAUGCGAUGCCCAUCAUACUGGUGGCGAAUUGAAGUAUAGAUCGGAGUAUUGACAUCUUAAGCGUCCAAAGCGGGGACACUGCUGGCUGCGUAGAAGAUUCCGUUUGCUCCUAUAAAAAAAAAAAAAUUGACAUAAAUAAAAAGUUAGGUUGCAUAGUUUACCAUUGGUCUGUAAACUUUUGAACAGGUUAAAAACUGGAAAA